AGGGGUGAGUGGGCGGGAACGUGUGCGUCCUUCCCCCUCCUUCUCUGCUAUAUAAUGCCAAGCGGGGGAGUUCUGAAACUCGGUGAAUCGCCGGUGGUUGUCCUCAGAAGAACGAUCGGACUCCUCCCCUGCUCUCUUCUUCUCUCACAUCUUUCCACUUCCUCUUCACUCACUCACGAAGCUGCAUUUUGGGAAGAGUUCAGACGGCUGGAUUCACUCAACGGCGGAUCGUGCGUUGGGCUAAGCUGGGAAGACAGUGACGGAAUCUGCAAGGCGAGCACCGUGAUGGGCAUCUCGACCCUUCCUGCACCCUCGGAGGGAGUUCUCUCCCUGCUUCUGGUGAACACUGCUCUGUCCAUCGCCGUCAUCAAGGAGAUCCUCCGCUCCAUCCUCCACAUUAUCGGAAUCAGGCUUGACUCGACCUCUUCGGAAUCCGGCGAUGACGCCCCUCCCGGGCCGAUUUCCAUCGAUCAGUUCCCGCCCUUCGCCGAGGAUGUCCGCUACCGUAUCCCCGCGAUCCCCUUCAAAUCGAUUGGGUGCUUGCAGGAGGACACGGAGUGCUCUGUGUGCCUGACCGGGUUCGAGCCCGAGUCGGAAGUGAGCCGGCUCUCCUGCGGCCAUUUCUUCCACAAACCUUGCUUCGAUAAGUGGCUGGACUACUGGCACAUGACCUGCCCCCUCUGUAGGUAUUCCUUGAUGCCGGAGGAGGAAGAAUGGUUGUGAUGUGCAGUUCCUUUAACGCUAUAGUUUUGUUCACAUCCCUGCACGGCUAUCUAUCAAGAAAUAGGAGAAAGAAGAUUCUCUAAAAUCUCAUAUUAGCUCUAGAUCUUUGUUGGCUGUACAAAGUUGCAACUAUAGUUUGGGAGGUGAUUUUCUACUUGUACACGAGGACUUGUUCUAUGAUAGAAAUCCGAACUUGAGUACGCCA